GCUACUGAACCGGUCCCACACGUCAUAAAUGACUGAGCAUAUCGGAUUCACAAGCCUACUCAUUUCCUCUCCCCACUCUCUCUCUAGGGUUUCUCUCUCUGCUCUCGCAUCCACCGGCGACUUCACACACCUUUGGAUCGCGGUGGAAGAAGAUGAGUGGGAGUGAGCGGAAGUGCAGAUUGGCACCAGGUCCUCGGCGUGCGCUUCUGGAGUCCAGCGAAGCAUCUGCGGAUCUGGGCGAGGGGGAUUGGAAGAUUCAGACCAGAUCAGGUCGCAGAUAUGCCUUCAAGAAAGUCCAAAGAAUGGAUCCUUCAUCAACCCAACGUGGUGUUCGUCAGUUCAAAACAUACAUGUCAAUUAAACUGGACCAAGAUGACAUACAAGUUCCGGGCAAUGAUGCAAAUGAGAUCCAACAGUUUUAUAAGUACUGCGCUAGUAUGAGUCAAAUUUCAGAAAAGAGAAACUUUGAGGAGAUGGCUAGAUAUUACCAAGUGGCCUCUGCUCUUUAUGAAGUGUUAAGGGAUGUAACAGAUAACAAAGUUGAUCCCCAGGUGAGAAGGUUUGCGGAAAUGAUUGAGGAAAAGGGUCAUCAUUUCAAGAACUACAAGUACAACAUUAUCCCCCUCAAUUUUCCUGGUUCUUCUGAAGCAAUUGUUGAACUUCCAGAGAUAAGAGGUGCUAUUGAUGCCAUAAGUGUCAUAGAUGGUCUUCCAAUGCCGCCCAUGCCUUCUGUGCAUAGGCAGGGGGAUAAAUCUAUCCGAGAUUUACUUGACUGGCUUUCACUAGCGUUUGGAUUUCAGAAAUCAAAUGUAGAAAAUCAAAGAGAAAACAUGGUUUUGCUUCUAGCAAAUAUUAGUACAAGAACUGCUGCACAGGAAGGGCAACCUUUAGUUGACACUGUGAACGAAUUGUGGAAAAAGAUAUUUGGAAAUUACAAAUCAUGGUGUCGCUAUUUGCAUGUUAGUUACAAUACCAUGAUCAGUCAUGUUGCUACAGAACAUAAGCAGCCGCAGCUGAAGCUUCUUCACAUUGGACUGUAUCUUCUUAUCUGGGGUGAGGCUUCAAAUGUUCGGUUUAUGCCUGAGUGCCUGUGCUACAUAUUCCACCAUCGUGAUACAGCAAGAAAGCCCAAAACAAAUUUUGUUGAAGUACGCACAUUUCUGCACAUAUUUAGAAGUUUUGACCGAAUGUGGAUGUUUUUCAUACUUGCUUUCCAGGCAAUGCUCAUAGUUUCAUGGAGUUCUUCAGGAUCUCUUUUUGGAAUUACUGAUGGAACUGUUUUCAGAAAUGUCUUAAGUAUCUUCAUCACAGCAGCUCUUCUCAACUUCAUAAAAGUAACUCUGGAUAUACUGUUUACUGUACAAGCAUGGGGAAGUAUGGAGUGGACAAAGAUAAUCAGAUAUCUGCUAAAGUUCAUUGUGGCUAUUGCUUGGAUGAUUAUUCUUCCAGUGACCUAUUCUAGUUCCAUCAAAUACCCCUCCGGUGCUGGCAAAAUCCUAAAUAGUUGGAUUGGGAAUUGGUAUAACCAGUCAGUUUACAACGUUGCAAUUGUUAUAUAUAUGAUCCCAAAUAUUCUUGCUGCCCUGUUUUUCUUGUUGCCACAACUUCAGAAUUUCAUGGAGCGCUCAAAUUCACGAGUAUUUGUUCUUCUGAUGUGGUGGAUUCAGCCAAGAUUGUAUGUUGGACGGGCGAUGCAUGAAGAUAUAUUGUCAAUACUUAAGUAUGUCUUCUUUUGGGCUGUGCUGCUCAUCUCCAAGCUUGCAUUCAGUUUCUAUGUUGAGAUAUCCCCGUUGAUUGAUCCAACAAAGUUCAUUCUUGAUCAACGAAUUGGAAACUAUGAAUGGCAUCAAAUCUUCCCUUUCUUGCCACGCAACCUGGGUGUUGUCAUUACCAUAUGGGCACCAAUUGUCUUGGUGUACUUUAUGGACAUACAAAUUUGGUAUGCCCUUUUUUCCACUGCCUUCGGAGGUGUUUCUGGUGCCCUCAAUCACGUGGGUGAGAUACGGACCCUUGGCAUGUUCAGGGCCAGAUUCAAAUCAAUGCCAGAAGCUUUCAGUAAAUGCAUUGCGGCAAAACAGAGAGAGCAGCAAGCACUUAAGCAGAGGAGUUUCUUUUGUGUUUGGAAUUCAUUCAUCAAUUCCUUACGAGAGGAAGACCUCAUCAGCGAUAGAGAGAAGGACAUAUUGAUGGCUCCAUCAUCUUCAAGCAACUUAUCUGUCACUCAGUGGCCACCAUUCCUUCUUGCUAGCAAGGUACCCACAGCUCUUCAUAUGGCCAUGAAUUCCAAAGAAGGCGAUGAACAUGAGCUAAUUGAAAAAGUCAAACUAGACCGAGACAGAUAUAACGCAGUUAUAGAAUGUUAUGAAUCCUUGAUGAUUAUCCUCAAUAGCCUUCUACUAGACUCUAAUGAUCGGAAUAUUGUCAUUGAAAUCGAUAGAAAAGUGACUUAUAGCAUGACAAAUAAAACAUUCCUGGAAGACUUUGAAAUGGCAGAAAUCGGGAAAGUAAGUGCUACAUUGGCGAAAUUAUUACAGUUUCUGAAGAGUGAACCUAUUAAUGGUGCUGAAGAGAGGAAAAUUGUUAAUGCGUUGCAAGAUUUUAUGGAAAUUACAACACGUGACUUCAUGAAAGAUGGACAGAGCAUUUCGAAAGAUGAGGAUGAGAGAAAGCAAAGUUUCACGAAUCUGAAUAUGGAUAUGAUAAAGGAUGGCUUUUGGAGGGAGAAGUUUGUCCGGCUGCAUUUAUUGUUGACUAUGAAGGAUUCUGCAAUGGAUGUACCAACAAACUUGGAUGCUCGACGGAGGAUCACAUUCUUCGCAAACUCACUUUUUAUGAAAAUGCCGAGAGCACCUCAUGUGCAUGAUAUGAUUUCCUUCAGUGUUCUGACUCCAUACUACAAUGAAGAAGUACUCUAUUCGUCUUAUGAAUUGAAUAGAAAGAAUGAAGAUGGUAUCUCGAUUUUGUUCUAUCUACAAAAGAUCUAUCCAGAUGAAUGGAACAACUUUCUAGAACGUAUUGGAGUUGACCCAGAUGAUGAAGCAGCAGUAAAAGGCCACAUGGAUGAUAUUCGUUUAUGGGCAUCUUAUCGUGGUCAAACACUUGCCAGAACUGUGAGGGGAAUGAUGUACUAUAGACGAGCUCUUGAACUACAAUGCUAUGAGGAUAUGAUAAAUGAUGAAGCUGAUUUGGGUGGAGAGGAAGCUGCGAGGUCCAAGGCUAUUGCUGAUAUCAAGUUCACUUAUGUUGUCUCUUGUCAACUCUAUGGUGUGCAUAAGGCAUCCAAGGAUUCCCGAGAGAAAGGUCUCUAUGAGAAUAUCUUAAAUCUAAUGCUGACGUAUCCGGCCUUGCGCAUUGCUUACAUUGAUGAGAAGGAAUUACAAUUACCAAAUGGUAAAAUAGAGAAACAGUAUUACUCUGUUCUUGUGAAAGGUGAUGAUGAGGAAAUUUACCGGAUAAAGCUUCCUGGUAAACCAACAGAUGUUGGAGAGGGCAAGCCUAAUAAUCAAAAUCAUGCCAUAAUCUUCACAAGAGGAGAUGCACUUCAAGCAAUUGACAUGAACCAGGAUAACUACCUUGAGGAAGCAUUUAAAAUGAGAAAUCUCUUGGAAGAGUUCCUUAUUACACAUGGAAAGUCAAAGCCCACCAUAUUGGGUGUUCGGGAGCAUAUAUUUACGGGAAGUGUUUCAUCCCUCGCCUGGUUUAUGUCCAACCAAGAGACCAGCUUCGUCACUAUUGGACAACGUGUUCUUGCCAACACACUUAAGGUACGAUUCCAUUAUGGCCACCCUGAUGUUUUUGAUAGACUCUUUCACCUCACAAGGGGUGGCAUAAGUAAAGCAUCGAAGGUUAUCAACCUUAGCGAGGAUAUAUUUGCAGGGUUCAAUUCAACUCUGCGUCGUGGAAAUGUCACACAUCAUGAAUACAUACAGUUGGGUAAAGGACAUGAUGUUGGAAUGAACCAAAUAUCCAAUUUUGAAGCUAAGGUGGCAAAUGGAAACGGUGAACAGGCAUUAUGUCGUGAUAUAUAUCGACUAGGACAGAGAUUUGAUUUCUACAGGAUGCUAUCUCUGUACUUCACCACAGUUGGCUUCUACUUCAAUAGCAUGGUGGCUGUUCUCACAGUGUAUGUAUUUUUAUAUGGGAGGCUAUACCUUGUUUUGAGUGGCUUAGAGAAGUCAAUACUCCAAGAUCCAAAUAUUCAAAAUAUCAAACCAUUUGAAAAUGUACUUGCCACUCAAUCUGUAUUCCAACUUGGGAUGUUGCUCGUCCUCCCAAUGAUGAUGGAGGUUGGCCUGGAGAAAGGAUUUGGUAGAGCACUGGCAGAGUUUGUAAUUAUGCAACUUCAGUUAGCUCCCGUUUUCUUCACUUUUCAUCUUGGAACAAAGAGUCACUACUAUGGCAGGACAAUACUUCAUGGUGGAGCAAAGUAUAGAGCUACAGGGAGAGGGUUUGUUGUGCGCCAUGCAAAGUAUGCUGAGAAUUAUCGGAUGUAUUCCCGGAGCCACUUUGUGAAAGCAUUGGAGCUGCUUAUUCUUUUGGUUGUUUAUCUAGCAUAUGGUAGUACGUACAGAAGCUCCAGUUUGUAUCUGUACGUCACAGUUUCCAUAUGGUUCCUUGUUUUCUGUUGGCUAUUUGCGCCUUUUGUCUUUAACCCAUCCUGCUUUGAGUGGCACAAGACUGUUGAUGACUGGAUGGACUGGUGGAAGUGGAUGAGCAAUAGAGGUGGUAUUGGCCUAGCACCUGAGCAGAGUUGGGAGGCUUGGUGGAUGAGUGAGCAUGACCACCUGAGGAAUGCAAGAAUACGUAGCUUGCUCUUGGAGCUCAUCCUCUCCCUCCGGUUCUUGAUCUAUCAAUAUGGUAUCGUUUACCACUUGCACAUAGUGCACGGGAACAAAAGCUUCUUGGUAUAUGCACUGUCAUGGCUAGUUGUAGCAGUCGCUCUUAUGUCACUAAAGGUUGUUUCAAUGGGGAGAGAGAAGUUUGUUACAAGGUUUCAACUCGUGUUCCGCAUCCUCAAGGGCAUUGUUUUCCUUGUUCUCAUCAGUUUGCUUGUCCUUCUAUUUGUUGGAUUUGAUCUUGCUGUGACAGAUGUUGGUGCCAGUAUCUUGGCCUUCAUCCCCACGGGCUGGUUUAUUCUUCUGAUUGCACAACUAUGUGGACCGCUGUUCCGGAGGUUGAUCAUAGAACCACUUCACAAGUUAUGUUGCCCAUUUGGCACUGGGGCGGCAUGCAGAGGCCCCUGCUGUGCCAAGUUCAGGCAGAGGACUGGAGCCGCGCUCCAUAAGAUGGGGCCAUGGGACUCCAUCCAGGAGAUGGCGAGGAUGUACGAGUACACCAUGGGGCUCCUCAUCUUGUUGCCCAUCGCCGUGCUGUCGUGGUUCCCCUUCGUAUCCGAGUUCCAAACGCGGCUGCUCUUCAACCAGGCCUUCAGCCGGGGGCUGCAGAUCUCGAGGAUCCUUGCAGGGCAGAAUGGGAGCGGCACGAAGCGCGACUGAUGCGUCUGCGUAAUGAUCACAUUUCAUGCUUCGUAAUGAUCACAUUUCAAUGCGUGAGUGCCAUCCCCGUCGCUACUUUGUUCGCUCCAUCAUGUGCAGCAUCAAGCAGUAGGUUCAUGGCGUGCAGUUGAGAACUGGAAUAAUCGGACAGUUCAAUUGUAUAUUAUAUUGGGUUUUCACCUCGUAAUUUGACUCAUAUUCAUUGGUUGUUCCAAUUUGAUUUAUUUGCAUGCGUACGUUCGAACCUGAUUUGGUUUUACCGGUGUCAAAAGUAACAAGAGAUGUGAUGUACUGUGAUUCA